CUCCUUACAUUCAUUUUAGGGACUGAAGAGAGAAGUUCAACCGCUACAGUCAUGCAGCCGGUUGCAGUGCAGCCAGUGCCUGUCACACAUAUAGUGACAAUAGCAAAUGGGAGUUCUUGGAGCUCAGGGGUCUGUGACUGCUGUGAUGACUGCGGCAUAUGUUGCUGUGCAUUUUGGUGCUUCCCCUGCUUCCAGUGUAAAACAGUUAGUGAUUUUGGGGAGUGCCUGUGUUUGCCCCUAAUGGAUCCUAUGUGUAUGGGGUAUGCUGGCUGUAGUGGAACCUGUGCUCCCAUCUCUCUGGCAAUGAGAGCGGCCGUUCGAGAAAGACACAAGAUCCAAGGCUCAAUCUGUGAUGACUGCUGUAUGAUGUACUGGUUAUAUUCAUGCUCCUGGUGUCAAAUGGCUCGUGAGAUUAAGAAACGCAAGCAACCGUUCUCCCUUGUAAAUGCCCAGACUACUAUCAUACACAACCCAGUUCAUCCCCAGACAUUACAAUAUUCUUAACUAAAAUCUACUACUGUGAUUGCUCUUCCAACAUCAAAAUGACAUGUCCUUGAGUUUGCUUCAUGAUACUGUAAUUCCUAUAGAAUGCUCAUAAAAUAACUAACAUAUAAUAAAUAAAGUUAUUUUAAAUUAAAAUAAUACAUUCAAAUUGCAAUGUUUAUAAAGAAUGACAUAAAUUCGAAAAGGUUAAAAUAUUUAAUAGACAUCGUUAAAUAUAUCAGAAUCUCAUGAUUAAAAAUGAUUGGUAUUA